UAUUUUUUUCCUCUUGUACUUUUUUGGCACUGCUUGCCUCCGUACUCAGAUUUAGUUCAUCUAUUCAACACUAUAGUUACCUUUUCUUGUAAACUUUGCUCCCUGCAAUUAUAUCAUUCUUGCCUUUCUUAUCCCCAAUCCUGACUUCAGUUAUUUACUCUCUGUCCCAGGCCAUCAAAUGUUGCAGCAAAAAGUUUCAAUAGCACACUGUUUGAAGCUGCUGCAAAUUAUGCCUAUUAACUACCCCCCAGCAAGCUGAUCAGAAGCCUUUUUAUUUUCCUUCUGUUGUUAUCUUGUGUGUUUCACUCUCCUCAAAUCCUCAAAUUGAGCAUGACUUUCUGAAUUGGUCUCAUUGAGGAGAAAAGCAAAAUGUUCUGUUUCAUAAAGGUUCAGGGCAUGUUCUUUGGAAUUAGGUCAUCCUGGCUUUGUUUCUUAGAUCUGCCUUUUCCAGUCUUUGUGGCCUGGGGAGUUAUCUAACGCCUUAAGCCUCGUUUCUCUUAUUGUAAAUAAGAGUACUUGGCUUAUAAGUCUGUUGGGAAGACUAAGUGACAUGAAGCAUGUAAAGUGUUUUGAACAGCACUUGGCAAGUAGGUGGUGAUCUAUAAUAUUUGCUGUUUUCAUUGUCAUUUUCAUAUAAUCGUUGUUGUUGUAAUCGCUGUUGAAGUAUCAGCUGGUUGUAUCCAGCUGAUACUUCAAACUGAAUGUGGAAUUAAAGAUUUUUCUGGAUUUUUUUUCACCAUUCUAUUCACUAAGUUAAUGGUUCCUACACCUUUGUGAUCAUGUAAUCUGUACUUUUGAUAACCAAACCCUAAAACAUAAAAUGUAUACAUAUAUUCCUACUUAAAUAUUUCUGUCACCAAAUUGCAAAACAUACACAAAAAUAAACAUUAAGAAGAUGGGAAAGAUAAAAACAGUAUUUUUAAAUGUCUUAUAAAUCCUCAUGCCUUCAUUUCAUCAUUCAUUAGUAUCUCAAAACCUAGAGAUUCAAAGACUCUUAGGGCACUGUUCAGAGCUAAUGAAAUGGAUGUAAAUUCACACUUCAAGUCUUCUUGAGGUUUUCAAAUAUUUUUGUCUGACUUGCUAUUAUACUUGAUUAGCUAGCUAUUGUUUUUAAUCUUGUAAAACAGCUAAAGAGGUGCUUGUAUUAAAAGUAGAAGUUUCACUUCUGUCCUUUAAUUGUUUUUAUUUAUGAUUAUAUUUCUAGUAAUUCCUUUCAUCUACAUAUAUCUUAUGGAAGAAACUUAAUCCAGUAGUCCAUUUUGUAAAGUUUACUUUAAUUGCAACUAGAUUAAAAAAUGUACAAAUCUAUUUGUGCAAUGAUGCAACUGUAAUACAUCGCUAUACAUUGAAAAUGGACAAGUAACAAUAAAAUGCUACUGCUGGCAAAUCUAAUGCAUUAUAAAACUAUCUACUUCUUAAUAACACCUCAAAUGCUAAGUAUAUCACAUAACAAUGUGAAGACAUUGGUGUUAACUCAUAUACUCAUAUUAGCAAAGCUUAGUUUCUCUUUUGGUUUUAUGCAAAAAGUUAUGGUAAAUAGAAGUUCCACUAUUAGUUCCCUUAUCUCAUCUGAUCAUCUUGUGAUAGAGUAUGAAUAUACUGCUUUGGAGAUCUCUGCUCCACAAUAUUGCCAGCUUAAUUUUCUUGUGAAUAAAUUUGAUAAUACUUUCCCCCUGCUAGAAAUGUUUAAUGGCUUUUCAUCAUCUAGUGAAUAAAAUCCAAGUUCUUUAGUCUCUUAAUGAAGGGCUUGCUUGAUUUGGCUCUAGCCUGCCUUUCCAGUCUUAUCCAAUGCUCACUCUCAUUUGCUCUGUGUUCUGGCCAAACUAGACUGUAUCCUCCUCAAACAAGCCUUUUUCUGCCCUUUCUGUCAUAAGUCAGGCUUUCUAGGGGGAAAACAAACUUUGAGAUGAAGGUUUGCCUGCAAUGAGUUUAUUGAGAUGCACCGUUUGGAACCACAGCCUCAAAGGAGUGAAAGAAUCUCCAACAUCUCUUCCCUCUGCCCAUUUCCCUGGGGAGCUGUGGGGCUGUAGUGGCCCCUGUGAGCUGUUCUGCAUUGAGGCAAGGAGCCCAGGCCUUUGUACAAUGGCAUGGACCAGUCAUGGAAUGUGAGCUGCCCCCAGGGAGGGUGAGCUCCACAGUGUCCACUAUACGUUCUUUCCGCUGUCCUUAGAAUGUGCCUUCUGUCUGGGAUCCUUUCUGUGAUCGUCAAUGUUUGUCCUCAUCAUAUUCAUUCUUUUAAGCCCAUCUCAAGUUCCUCUUGAUUUAUGAACUUUUUUCUAAUCCAGUAGCUGGAGAUGGACUCAACUCUUCUUUUGAAUCUCUAGCACCUGUUAGUGGGGUGGCUGUAGGCACUUAACACUUCAGAACCUCAAUUUUUCUUUUGUAAAAUAGGGAAAAUAGAAUCUACUAAGAUGAGUUGUUUUAAGGGUUUAAGAUUAUCUAUAAUGUAUGUGAGCUAUGUAUAUAUAUGCCCACAUAUAUACGUAUUUCCCUAGGAGUAAUGGAUCUGUGAUCCCUCAUUUAGUGUUCAUGGUGACUUUACAAAAACAGAACUACCAUGAACAACAAGGAUCUACUGUGUAUUAUACAGCAUUGGCUAAGGGUCACCAUCAAGCUCCAGGCAGCUCUAGUGGACAUAGACCCACAGCUAACUGGAUUUGAUUUAUAAGAAGGAAAUCUACAGUCAAUGCCUACUCUUGCCACGUUGCUACUUUGGAAAAGAGAAUGGUCAAUAGGAUAUGGUCUAAUAAAUGGUGAUAAUUGAAGAUGCUUCUUCAAUACUUGUGAAGUCAAUGGGAAAUACUUGCUGCAUGAAGAUCUUUCUGAGCUUUUCUUGACAAGCUCACCUGUAAGAAAACAGAGCCAUACUACCAUUAUACGGUCUUUCUCAAGCGGAUAUAAAUACAUUUGCCUCACUGUAACCAGACAACUAGACAACUAAUGUGGGACCAUGGCACUGCCAAGAUACAUGUGGCCAAAUUAUGUUUGGAGAGCAGUGAUGGCAUGCUUGGUACACAGGGGAUUGGGUACCUCGUUGACUGUCUACAUGUUGGGAUGUUUGCUUCAGGCUGGCCAUGUGCUAUCACAAAAAUUGGAUGAUGUGGACCCAUUGGUAACUACCAACUUCGGCAAGAUAAGAGGAAUUAAGAAGGAACUCAAUAAUGAAAUUUUGGGGCCUGUUAUUCAGUUUCUUGGGGUUCCAUAUGCAGCCCCACCAACAGGAGAACAUCGAUUUCAGCCUCCAGAGCCACCAUCUCCCUGGUCAGAUAUCAGGAAUGCCACUCAAUUUGCUCCUGUGUGUCCCCAGAAUAUCAUUGAUGGCAGAUUGCCAGAAGUCAUGCUUCCCGUGUGGUUUACUAAUAACCUGGAUGUGGUUUCAUCAUAUGUACAAGACCAGAGUGAAGACUGCCUAUAUUUAAACAUAUAUGUCCCAACCGAGGAUGUAAAAAGAAUAUCCAAGGAAUGUGCCAGAAAACCCGGCAAGAAAAUAUGUAGAAAAGGAGGUCCCCUUACAAAGAAACAGACAGAUGAUUUAGGUGAUAAUGACGGUGCUGAAGAUGAAGAUAUUCGGGACAGUGGGGGUCCCAAACCAGUGAUGGUGUAUAUCCAUGGUGGCUCAUAUAUGGAAGGUACUGGAAAUUUAUAUGAUGGGAGUGUCUUGGCAAGUUAUGGCAAUGUGAUCGUCAUCACAGUCAACUAUCGCCUUGGGGUACUUGGUUUCUUGAGUACAGGGGAUCAGGCUGCAAAAGGGAACUAUGGACUCCUUGAUCUCAUACAGGCUUUGAGAUGGACUAGUGAAAACAUUGGAUUCUUUGGUGGUGACCCCUUAAGAAUCACUGUGUUUGGAUCUGGUGCUGGGGGUUCAUGUGUCAAUCUACUGACUUUAUCCCAUUAUUCUGAAGGUAACCGUUGGAGCAAUUCAACCAAAGGACUUUUUCAACGAGCAAUAGCUCAAAGUGGAACAGCCCUUUCCAGCUGGGCUGUUAGUUUCCAACCUGCAAAAUAUGCUAGAAUGUUGGCCACAAAAGUUGGUUGCAAUGUUUCAGAUACAGUAGAGUUAGUGGAAUGCCUACAGAAGAAGCCUUACAAAGAACUUGUUGAUCAAGAUAUUCAACCAGCCCGAUACCACAUAGCCUUUGGACCUGUGAUUGAUGGUGAUGUAAUACCAGAUGACCCUCAGAUAUUGAUGGAACAAGGAGAGUUUCUCAAUUAUGAUAUAAUGUUAGGAGUGAACCAAGGGGAAGGGUUAAAAUUUGUUGAAAAUAUAGUAGAUAGUGAUGAUGGUAUAUCAGCUAGUGAUUUUGACUUUGCUGUUUCCAAUUUUGUUGAUAAUUUAUAUGGAUACCCUGAAGGCAAAGAUGUUUUGAGAGAAACCAUUAAAUUCAUGUAUACUGACUGGGCUGAUCGUCAUAACCCUGAAACCAGAAGGAAGACAUUAUUGGCUUUGUUUACGGACCAUCAGUGGGUGGCACCAGCUGUAGCUACAGCAGAUCUUCAUUCAAACUUUGGUUCACCUACAUACUUCUAUGCCUUUUACCAUCAUUGCCAAACAGAUCAGGUUCCAGCUUGGGCUGAUGCAGCCCAUGGAGACGAGGUUCCCUAUGUAUUGGGAAUCCCAAUGAUUGGCCCUACAGAGUUGUUUCCUUGCAAUUUCUCCAAAAAUGAUGUGAUGCUGAGUGCAGUUGUAAUGACAUACUGGACAAAUUUUGCUAAAACUGGUGACCCAAAUCAGCCAGUCCCUCAAGACACAAAAUUCAUCCACACCAAACCCAACCGCUUUGAAGAAGUAGCAUGGACCAGAUAUUCCCAGAAAGACCAACUUUAUCUCCAUAUUGGAUUAAAACCAAGAGUUAAAGAACAUUACAGAGCCAAUAAGGUGAACCUCUGGUUGGAGCUGGUACCUCAUCUGCAUAAUCUCAAUGACAUUUCUCAGUAUACCUCGACAACAACUAAAGUGCCAUCAACUGACAUCACUUUCAGACCUACGAGAAAAAAUUCUGUACCUGUCACAUCAGCCUUUCCCACUGCCAAGCAAGAUGAUCCCAAACAACAACCGAGUCCAUUUUCAGUGGAUCAAAGGGACUACUCAACAGAGCUGAGUGUCACUAUUGCAGUUGGGGCAUCACUGCUGUUUCUGAACAUUUUGGCCUUCGCAGCCCUGUAUUACAAAAAGGAUAAGAGGAGACACGAUGUUCACAGGAGAUGCAGCCCUCAGCGCACUACUACCAAUGAUCUGACCCAUGCACAAGAAGAGGAAAUCAUGUCCCUCCAAAUGAAGCACACUGAUUUGGAUCAUGAAUGUGAGUCCAUCCAUCCACAUGAGGUGGUUCUUCGGACCGCCUGCCCCCCAGAUUACACACUAGCUAUGAGGAGGUCACCUGAUGAUGUUCCCUUAAUGACACCCAACACCAUUACAAUGAUUCCCAACACUAUCCCAGGGAUUCAGCCCUUACACACAUUCAAUACAUUUACUGGAGGACAGAACAAUACUCUGCCCCAUCCCCAUCCCCACCCCCAUUCACAUUCAACAACCAGGGUAUAGCCAGAUAAGAGAAACAAACUAUUUUUUUGAUGGAUUGUGGUAACAUUACUGAAGAUUCCUUGGCUUUCAACCUACAAGACUCUUACUAUUUAAAUGAGGAAUAUUAUGUGAAUAUACAUAUCAAGAACUUUGGGGGUUUUGAAAAAAUGAGUUGUAUAUAUAAACGAAUCAACUUUAAGAACAAAUUUCAAUUGCUUCGAGCAAUUGUUCUGAAUGAUACUUUUUCAUUCACAUCCACGAAUUAAUUUUUUGAAGAUUUAAGUUACAUAAUGGAAUUAGGCAUGUGGAACACCAAACAGGAAAGAACUAUGUCUAAAUAUAAAAAAUAAAAAUAAAAAAACUAUGAAUAUGCACAAGGGACACACCAAUGGAAUGUCAGAUAAUUUUCACCAGUUUUUAUUUGGAGCCGUUUAUUGUGUAGACCAUAUUUACAUAUUUGGAUAAGUACACAAAGCACCAAUGCUGUUAAUGGCCUUAGCAGAGGCUCAUGCUGAAAUUUGCCAGUAAAACAAAGAAGUUUAAAGACUGGCAGGUACAACAUUAUCACAUAAGUGCUGUCAGUAUAAAGUUGUGGGGAUAAAGGAAACUGGAUAUUUUUAGCACGAUGUGCAUGAUAAUUUAUAUGCUUGGUGGCUGUGCUGCUGAUUAAGCCGUAAUUAAAAACCUUCUCAUCCCAUUGGAGUUUUUAAUAGAAGCUUCCUCCAUCAAUUGGCAGAACCCAAAGAAGAUUUUAAGGGGCAAAAGUAAUUACAAUAAAAUAAUUCAGUAGUUUCAAUAUAGAAAGAAUUAGUUUUUAAAGGUAUUUGAAGAAAGUAUAGGUAUAGUGGUGAAUACUCGCUGAUACGAAUCCCAGAAAAAAAUUUCCUGUGUUUUUAAUGUUCUUUUCAUUCCCAUCUAAAUAAUUUAUGGAAAUAUAACCCUAAUUGGACAUGUGUUACAGUAUCUAUAAUUUGCUGUGGUUUUUGUUUCUCUGUAUUUCGUUCCUUUGGGUAAGGUGAAGUGUCUCCAAAGAGUUACUUGCAACAGUCUUUUUAUGAUAUAAGGAUGCCCCAAUAUUACCACUCUGAUUACAGUUCUCAGUUAAUUGAUUUACUCAUGUUGCAUGACAAAAUGUUUACUAAUAAUAAUUGAGUAUAAAGUUAUGUCCCUCUUCACAUCACUUAUCUUUCUCACUGAGGUUCAUUCACUGGAUUUACUCAUGCAAUCUCAGCAGAGUACAACAUAGAUACAAAACCUAGGAGAGCCAACAUCUGGAGGAUUUCAGUUUUACACGUAUGUGUGAUUUUAAAUAAAUAUUCUAAGACCACAGGAAACUCUUCAUCCCCCUGUUGUUUACCAGUAACAGUAUAUCGCAGACCUUUCCAAAUGUUUGUAUAUGUAAUCAGAUGUACAUUUAUAUUAAAAAAAUGAGAUGGACUUAAAGAGCACAUCCUGAUAAAUACUUUCUCUCUUACCUGUACUAUAUUUCUAUUAGACUAAAGUUAUGUGAUUUUUUUUUACAUUUUUUCAGAUGACUAGCAAUUUUGAUAGUUUAUAAGAUAAUGCAAAGAACUUUCUCUGACAAACUAACUGCAGUAACAGAAACCUUUCUUUUCAGUUACUCUUUUUCAAGAAUGAAAGCUUAUUAUACAAAAAACAAUUGUAUACUACUUGAUGGAAACAACUUUGUACAUCUUGGCCAUGUCACUGGUCAUUGCGUGAAAUAAAGAUAAUCUGGAUAAUGGCUAUUAGUCCAAUGCUAAGAAACAUGAUCUUUGCUCAUUAAAGAGCUAAAAUGUUUAUUGCUGUUUUGUCUUUUUUUAAGAAAAAAGAAAGAAAGAAAGAGAAAUACGACUGUCUCAAAAAGUCAUUUUUCUAGAUUAGACCAGUCGGGUUUUUGAAGACAUAUAGGUAACUUCUACAGAAACCACAACUGUAUAUUUAAAGGCAAGUCUCAUCUAAAAUGAAAUUCAUGAAACUUUAAAAUUAUGAAUUUAUAAGCUCCAGAAACAUGAA